GUGAAACUACGGAGUAGAGGAGCAGGGGGUCUACUCGGAGCCGGACUCCACUCAGACUCAAGCAGACUCGGGAGCAGUUAAAUGCACUUUCCGUUCAGCUGAUGUUGUGUUGACUUGAGGGGGGCCGCUCCUCCGCAUCUCUCCUACGGACGAGGCCGACGCUUUUUUUGGACUUUGUCUGGCUUUUCCUUUUUGGCCCAUUUAUCUUUUUUUAAAAACGGGAGCAAGCUGGCGCUUCCGCCAUGUUGAUUCAAGUUGUGUUUGUGCGGAGAGUGACUGCACUGGGAGCCAAGUGACAAGCCCCGCACGUUUGGUCGACAGUCAGUCAGGGGGCUGUUACUGCGCCGGUGACGCAGGAAAAACACCCAGAAGCCAAGAGUCUGGGGGGGGGGGGGGGAAACGUCGGAAUUAAAACAAGAGAUCUUUAGGUGACCCCCCGUCUGCGAGAAGCCGUCACCGACACAGGCCCACGUUUAUAUAACACACCGCCACGACAUCGCCGCUGAAGGUUUGGACGUAGCCCGACAAUAGAAGAGGGGGAAGUCCUAUCAAAUUCCUGGUUAUGCAAUGGUCUCAGCGGCACAUCCAGAUCGCCAGGUGCUCGUGUCCCUCUCUCGCGUGUUCGGGCUUUCUUCCCUCCGCUCCACGGCUGAGGUGGCUCUGAUUUCCCUCCUGGUCAGCGCCGCGUAAAAGAGGCCAAGAUUGCCAAGAUCUGCCCCGUGGCGAGCAUGACGGCCACCACGCGUGGCUCUCCUGUGGGGGGCAACGACAGCCAGGGCCAGGCGCCUGAUGCUCAGAGCCAACCCCCAUUGCCACAGAACCAGACAUCAUCUCCUAACUCAUCUAAUGAGAACUCUCCAGUGAGUCCCCCCGGUGAGCACGGGCAAGGGGAUGGACCACCCCAGCUGGAGGAGGAAGAGCCCGCCUUCCCUCACACUGACCUAGCCAAGCUAGAUGACAUGAUCAACAGGCCUCGUUGGGUCGUUCCAGUGUUGCCAAAAGGAGAGUUAGAAGUCCUCUUGGAGGCUGCUAUAGACCUCUGUAAAAAAGGACUGGAUGUGAAGUGUGAGGCCUGUCAGAGGUUUUUUCGAGAUGGUUUGACUAUCUCAUUCACAAAGAUCCUGACAGACGAGGCUGUUAGCGGCUGGAAGUUUGAGAUUCACAGGUGUAUCAUUAACAACACACACCGCCUGGUGGAGCUGUGUGUGGCCAAGCUCCCUCAGGACUGGUUCGCCCUACUGGAGCUUCUGGCCAUGGCCACUAACCCCCACUGCAAGUUCCACAUCUACAAUGGCACGCGGCCCUCUGAGACCGUCCCCGCUGGAGGGCAGCUGGCUGACGACGACCUCUACGCCCGACCACCUGACCCACGCUCGCCAAAGGGCUGGUUGGUGGACUUAAUAAAUAAAUUUGGCACGUUAAACGGGUUUCAAUUGUUGCACGAUCGCUUCAUGAGUGGCCAAGCACUGAACGUCCAGAUCAUCGCUGCACUUAUCAAGCCUUUUGGCCAGUGUUACGAGUUCCUCACAUUGCACACAGUGAAGAAGUACUUCCUCCCCGUCAUCGAGAUGGUCCCCCAGUUCCUAGAGAACCUGACCGACGAGGAGCUUAAGAAAGAGGCCAAGAAUGAAGCCAAAAACGACGCACUGUCCAUGAUAAUCAAGUCUCUAAAGAACCUUGCAUCUCGCGUACCAGGACAAGAGGAGACUGUGAAGAAUUUAGAGAUUUUUAGGUUAAAAAUGAUUCUUAGGUUAUUGCAAAUUUCUUCUUUUAACGGCAAAAUGAAUGCACUAAAUGAAGUUAACAAGGUGAUAUCCAGCGUGUCCUACUACACUCAUCGACAUAACCCGGAGGAGGAUGAAUGGUUGACAGCAGAGCGCAUGGCGGAGUGGAUCCAGCAGAACCAUAUUCUGUCCAUCGUCCUACGGGACAGUUUACACCAGCCUCAGUAUGUUGAGAAACUGGAGAAGAUCCUUCGCUUCGUUAUAAAAGAAAAAGCGCUUACUAUGCAGGAUCUCGACAACAUCUGGGCAGCACAGGCUGGCAAACACGAGGCCAUCGUAAAAAAUGUCCACGACCUGCUGGCUAAGCUAGCAUGGGAUUUCUCUCCUGAACAGCUUGAUCAUCUCUUUGACUGUUUUAAGGCAAGCUGGACUAACGCCAGUAAGAAGCAGCGGGAAAAACUGCUAGAACUCAUCCGCCGCCUGGCCGAGGACGACAAAGACGGCGUGAUGGCUCACAAAGUCCUCAAUCUGCUGUGGAACUUAGCCCACAGCGACGACGUGCCUGUAGACAUAAUGGACCAAGCUCUUAGUGCUCACAUCAAAAUACUGGAUUACAGUUGCUCACAGGACAGAGACACUCAGAAGAUCCAGUGGAUCGAUCGGUUCAUAGAGGAGCUACGCACCAAUGACAAAUGGGUGAUUCCCGCCCUCAAGCAAAUCCGAGAAAUCUGUAGCCUUUUUGGAGAAGCUCCUCAGAACUUAAGAAAGAAAAUGCCAAUUAACAUGCAAAUGAGCUUGGUUGGUCAAACCCAGAGAAAUCCCCAUGCGUUUUACCGCCAUGACCUUAUCAACCAGCUGCAAAAUAACCACGCUCUCGUCACGCUGGUGGCUGAGAACCUGUCGGCCUACAUGGAGACAAUGCGGCAGUUCUCAAAAGAAGAACAGGCAGAGUUUGACCCUCAGACAGUGCGGCCAGGAAGCCGCUACAGUCACGUUCAGGAAGUACAAGAACGACUUAACUUCCUCAGGUUCCUUUUAAAGGAUGGUCAGCUGUGGCUGUGCGCCCCUCAGGCCAAGCAGAUCUGGAAGUGUCUGGCUGAGACUGCAGUCUUCCUCUGUGACCGUGAGGCCUGCUUUAAAUGGUACUCCAAACUGAUGGGCGAUGAACCCGACCUGGAUCCGGACAUCAACAAAGACUUCUUUGAGAACAACGUUCUGCAGUUGGACCCCUCACUGUUGACGGAGAAUGGCAUGAAGUGCUUCGAGAGGUUCUUCAAGGCUGUCAACUGCAGAGAAGGCAAAUUAGUCGCCAAACGUCGGGCCUACAUGAUGGAUGACCUGGAAUUAAUAGGCUUGGACUACCUCUGGAGGGUGGUAAUUCAAGGAAGCGACGACAUCGCCAGCAGAGCUAUCGACCUGCUGAAGGAAAUCUACACCAAUCUUGGCCCAAAAUUACAAGUCAACCAGGUGGAAAUCCAUGAAGACUUCAUCCAGUCGUGUUUUGACCGUCUGAAGGCCUCUUACGACACCCUGUGUGUGUUGGACGGAGACAAAGACAGCAUCAAUUGCGCGCGCCAGGAGGCCAUCCGCAUGGUGCGAGUGCUCACUGUGCUGAAGGAGUACAUCAAUGAGUGUGACAGCGACUACCAUGAGGAGAGAACUAUCCUGCCCAUGUCGAGGGCCUUCCGGGGAAAGCAUAUCACGUUGAUAGUGCGCUUCCCUAACCAGGGCCGCCAGGUGGACGACCUGGAUAUCUGGUCGCACACCAACGACACAAUCGGCUCGGUGAGGCGCGGCAUCCUGAACCGGAUCAAAGCUAACGCCGCGCACACCAAGAUAGAGCUUUUCAUCGGUGGGGAGGUCGUUGACCCAGCUGACGACAGGAAGCUGAUUGGACAGCUCAAUUUGAAGGAUAAAACUCUGAUCACGGCCAAACUAACUCAGGUGAGUGCCAACAUGCCCUCCAGCCCAGACAGCUCGUCCGACUCCUCCACUGGCUCUCCUGGUAACCACGGAAACCACUACAGCGACGGCCCCAACCCCGAAGUAGAGAGCUGUCUUCCAGGAGUGAUCAUGUCGCUGCACCUCCGCUACAUUUCCUUCCUGUGGCAGGUGGCUGACUUGGGCUGCCAGCUCAACAUGCCCCUCCUUAGAGACGGAGCUAGAGUUCUCAUGAAACUCAUGCCUCCAGAUAACACCACUGUAGAGAAUCUGCGAGCUGUGUGUUUGGACCAUGCCAAGCUCGGCGAGAACAGCCUCAGUCCUUCACUGGACUCACGCUUCUUUGGCCCCUCGCCCUCACAAGUGCUCUACCUCAUUGAGGUUGUAUAUGCUUUGCUGAUGCCAGCCAGCGCCGCCCUGGGCGAGGAUGCCAGCGACUUCCAGUACAACUUCCUAAAAAGCGGCGGGUUGCCGCUGGUGUUGAGCAUGCUCACCCGGAACAACUUCCUGCCGUCUGCUGACAUGGAGACGCGGCGUGGCGCUUACCUCAAUGCCCUAAAAAUUGCCAAGCUCCUCCUCACUGCCGUUGGCUUUGGGCACGUGAAGGCAGUGGCGGAGGCCUGCCAGCCCAACGCAGAAGGAAAUAUCCCAGUUUCCCCGAUUAAUCAGGCCACUCACGAUCAGGCUCUAGUUCUGCAGACCGCCCUGCAAAACAUCCCUAACCCUGCCUCAGAAUGUAUGCUGCGCAACGUAGCCAUCCGCUUGGCCCAGCAGAUUUCUGAUGAGAAUUUUUUCCAGGCGUCAAAGUCUAUCCCCGACAUCUGCGUGAUCCGAGCGGUACAGAAAAUUGUUUGGGCAUCAGGCUGCGGUACUGUGCAGCUUGUCUUCAGUUCUAAUGAAGACAUCAGCAAGAUUUAUGAGAAGACCAAUGCAGCCAAGGAACCGGACGGCGAGGACGAGCAGGUGUGUUGCGAGGCCUUGGAAGUGAUGACGUUGUGUUUCGCCCUGAUGCCCACAGCCCUGGACACCCUCAGUAAGGAGCGGGCUUGGCAGACUUUCAUCAUAGACUUGCUGCUACACUGCCACAGCAGAUCCGUGCGUCAGAUGGCUCAAGAGCAGUUUUUCCUGAUGGCAACCAGGUGCUGCAUGGGCCAAAGACCCCUCCUCUUCUUCAUCACCCUUCUGUUUACGGUUAUGGGGACCACAGCUAAGGAGCGAGCUAAACACGCUGGGGACUACUUCACUUUGCUCCGGCACCUUCUGAACUAUGCCUAUAACAGCAACAUCAACCUGCCAAAUGCCGAGGUGCUGCUGAACAAUGAGAUAGACUGGUUGAAACGGAUAAGGGACGAAGUCAAGAGGACGGGGGAGACCGGCGUGGAGGAGACCAUCUUGGAAGGCCACCUCGGAGUCACCAAGGAGCUUCUGGCUUUCCAGAUUCCUGAGAAAAAAUAUUAUAUUGGCUGUGAGAAGGGCGGAGCUAACCUCAUAAAGGAGCUGAUUGAUGACUUCAUCUUCCCAGCGUCAAAUGUUUACCUGCAGUACAUGAAGAGCGGUGACUUCCCUACAGAACAGGCCAUUCCUGUGUGCAGUUCCCCUGCUUCCAUCAAUGCCGGCUUCGAACUCCUAGUGGCCCUGGCUGUCGGCUGUUUCCGCAACCUCAAGCAGAUCGUCGACACGCUCACCGACAUGUACUACUUGGGCUGUGAAACGUUGACAGAGUGGGAGUAUCUGCCUCCAGUGGGCCCGCGGCCUAAUAAAGGUUUUGUGGGUCUAAAGAACGCUGGAGCCACAUGUUAUAUGAACUCUGUCAUUCAGCAGCUGUACAUGAUCCCUCCCAUUCGCAAUGGCAUUUUGGCCAUUGAGGGCACUGGCACCGACGUGGAUGAUGACAUGUCAGGGGAUGAGAAGCAAGAGAAUGAGACUAAUGUGGAUCCUCGUGACGAGGUGUUCAGCUAUCAUCAUCAGUUUGAUGAUAAGCCCUCCAGUAAAGCAGAAGACAGGAAAGAGUACAAUAUUGGGGUAUUGCGUCACCUUCAGGUCAUCUUUGGCCAUUUGGCGGCAUCCAGACUUCAGUACUAUGUUCCGAGGGGAUUCUGGAAACAAUUCAGGUUAUGGGGUGAACCAGUAAAUCUCAGAGAACAGCAUGACGCGCUAGAGUUUUUCAAUUCUUUGGUGGACAGUCUGGAUGAGGCGCUGAAAGCGUUGGGUCACCCCGCUAUGCUCAGCAAGGUGCUGGGAGGCUCCUUUGCUGACCAAAAGAUCUGUCAGGGAUGCCCGCACAGAUACGAGUGUGAGGAGUCAUUCACGACACUUAAUGUCGAUAUCAGAAACCACCAGAACCUUUUGGACUCCAUGGAGCAGUACGUCAAAGGAGAUUUGUUGGAGGGAGCCAAUGCUUACCACUGUGAGAAAUGUAAUAAAAAGGUGGACACAGUCAAGCGCCUGCUGAUAAAGAAGCUGCCGCCUGUCCUAGCCAUCCAACUGAAGCGCUUCGACUACGACUGGGAGCGGGAGUGUGCCAUCAAGUUCAACGACUACUUUGAGUUUCCCAGGGAGUUGGACAUGGAGCCGUACACGGUCGCCGGCGUGGCCAAGAUCGAGGGAGACGACGUCAACCCAGAGAACCAGAUGAUCCAGCAGAACGAGCCUUCGGAGCCCACGCCGUCGGGCAGCUCCAAGUACCGCCUGGUGGGAGUGCUGGUCCACUCGGGCCAGGCCAGCGGCGGACAUUACUACUCCUACAUCAUCCAAAGGAACGGUGGCGAUGGCGAGAGGAACCGCUGGUACAAGUUUGACGAUGGCGACGUGACCGAGUGCAAGAUGGACGACGAGGAGGAGAUGAAGAACCAAUGCUUUGGCGGCGAGUACAUGGGCGAGGUGUUUGAUCACAUGAUGAAAAGGAUGUCGUACCGCCGGCAGAAGCGUUGGUGGAACGCCUACAUUCUUUUCUACGAGCGCAUGGACUCCUUGGACAAGGACAGCGAGCUUGUCAAAUACAUCUCAGAGUUGACCAUCUCCGCCACCAAGCCACAUCAGGUCAAGAUGCCUGGUGUCAUCGAGUGCAGCGUCCGCAAACAGAACGUCCAAUUUAUGCACAACCGAAUGCAAUACAGCCUGGAAUAUUUCCAGUUCAUAAAGAAACUUCUGACCUGUAACAGUGUCUAUUUAAACCCUCCUCCAGGACAAGACCACCUUCUGCCAGAGGCAGAGGAGAUUGCUAUGAUAAGUGCUCAGCUGGCUGCUCGCUUCCUCUUUAGCACAGGCUUCCACACCAAGAAAGUAGUGAGGGGUCCUGCCAGUGAUUGGUAUGACGCUCUCUGCGUCCUGCUGAGACACAGUAAGAAUGUACGCUACUGGUUUGCACACAACGUCCUGUUUGCUUACCCGAACCGGUUCUCCGAGUACUUGCUGGAGUGCCCCAGUGCGGAGGUUCGCAGCGCCUUCGCCAAGCUCAUUGUGUUCAUCGCCCACUUCUCGCUGCAAGAUGGCCCAUGCCCUUCCCCCACUGCAUCACCAGGAACCUCCGUUCAGGGCUGUGAUAACCUCAGUCUCAGUGACCACCUUCUAAGAGCCAUACUCAACCUGCUCAGACGAGAGGUUUCCGAACACGGCCGUCACCUGCAGCAGUACUUCAACCUCUUUGUCAUGUACGCCAAUCUGGGCCUGGCUGAGAAAACCCAGCUGCUGAAGCUGAAUGUGCCAGCCACGUUCAUGUUGGUCGCUCUGGAUGAGGGUCCUGGCCCACCAAUCAAGUACCAGUACGCCGAACUGGGCAAGCUGUACACUGUCGUCUCCCAGCUUAUUCGCUGCUGUGACGUGUCCUCGCGCAUGCAGUCAUCUAUCAACGGUAACCCCCCUCUGAGUAACCCCUAUGGGGACACCAACCUGACGGCCCCGGUGAUGCUGGUGCAGCAGUUGGUGGCCGACAUCCUCUUUGUGCGGACUAGCUACGUGAAGAAAAUUAUUGAGGACUGCAGCAACUCGGAGGAGACUGUGAAGCUGCUCCGCUUUAGCUGCUGGGAGAACCCCCAGUUUUCCUCCACUGUGCUCAGUGAGCUCCUCUGGCAGGUUCAUGUUUCUGAAAAGGUGGCGUACUCUUACAAUUAUGAGCUCAGGCCUCAUUUGGACUUGCUGCUUCAGAUCCUUCUUAUCGAGGACUCCUGGCAGACACACAGGAUCCACAAUGUGCUCAAAGGGAUUCCGGAUGACAGGGAUGGUCUUUUUGAUACCAUCCAGCGCUCCAAGAACCACUACCAGAAACGAGCCUACCAGUGCAUCAAGUGCAUGGUGGCCCUCUUUAGCAACUGCCCAGUGGCUUACCAAAUCCUGCAGAGCAACGGUGACCUCAAGCGAAAGUGGACGUGGGCAGUGGAGUGGCUAGGCGACGAGCUGGAGAGGAGGCCUUACUCUGGGAACCCACAGUACACAUACAACAAUUGGUCGCCUCCAGUCCAGAGCAACGAGACGUCCAACGGCUACUUCCUUGAGCGCUCACACAGCGCACGCAUGACCCUCGCCAAGGCCUGCGAGCUGUGUCCCGAGGAGCUCAAGUGUACUGAGGGAAGCCCAGGGAAGGAGCCCGAUGAACAGGAAGCCCCCGACGAUCAAGACUCUUCACCGCCCGAGGACACGUCUCUCUACCCUCAUUCUCCUGGAACCACACAGUUUCAGCAGAACAACCACCCUCACGGACAGCCGUACACGGGCCCCGCCGCACAGCACAUGAACAACCCCCAGCGCCCAGGCCCCGCCUCGGCGCCCACUCCCGGCCCCGCCUCGGUGCAGACCCCGCCGCCCGCCCCGGCCCCCGCCCCCGCCCCCACUUCCGGCCCCGCUCCCGGCUCGGGCCCGAGAGCACAAGAGAACUGGGAGAGCACAGAGGAGGUGGCUCCGGCUCCCGCCUCAACCCCGGCUCCCGCCCCGACCCCGGCUCCCGCCGCCCCGCCCAAGGAGUAACUUCUCCCGCCCGCCAUGCCAGGCCCGCACCGACACCUCCUCUGCUGUGCCUCUUUACUCUCAUGUUCUCUUCUCGCUCUCUUUGGUUCUCUCCUCUCUUCAGAGCCUGGCCAGCAGGAGGAGGGGCCCUUGCGCUACACGGGGGGGGCGGGGCCUGCUGAGCGCAGGGAGUAGAUUUAAGAGUUCUAAAUAAAGAAAAUUAACCCAGAGCUGGCGAUGAUGAUGAUGAUAAAAAAGGUGUACAUAAUAUUAUGUUAAUGUUUCUGACUGUUGGGAUCGCCCAGUAGCAUAACUGUGUGGUUUGCUGUUGGGAGAGCUUGCGGAUUUAAUAUGAACGACACACAAAAAAUGGAUAUUAUACCAAGAACCCACCAGAAGACAAGAAAUCCUCCGUCAUCGCCCACAGUUCAAGUUUGUUCCGCCAUUGGAUGCUUUAUCGGUCAUUCAACUGUAGAAGACGAAGAAGGACACUGCAUUGUUAUCAUAAUUAUUCUUUAAGCUCCUCAACGACUCACCAGCCGCGUGGCUGCUUUUAGCGAGACAUGCGGAAGGAAGGAAGCAAGUUGAGUUUUACGGUGUUUUGAGGUGAAAACGUUCCGAGAAUCUUUGCCUUUCUUUGUUUUGUUUUUUCCCCCCUGAAGCUCCAGUCAAAAUGCUGUAACAUUUUAGCAUGGCUUUGUCACCACAUUAGUGUGUAGCCCAAACAACCUGAAGCUCUCCUUUUUUCUACUCCUCUCCAAUGACAAGAUUUUUCUUUCAACCAAUGUAUGACUUAAGUGGCUUUUUUCCAAUUGCACAUAUAAUAUUAAUAUCCUCCAAACGUCACAUUUUGGCAGCCCGGUGUUCCAGUGGGAUUAGACGGCUUAUAGCUAAUAGGAGAAAACAAGAAAUCCAAACAUAUGCAACAAAUAGACUGUCUUUUUUUUUUUUUUUUUUUCUGUUUUCAGCCGAGCCCUGUAUUUUUUUUUUUAUUUUUUUUUUUUUACAAUCACCUGUGUCGCCUAGUGGCUGCCAACCAUUGUCACAUCCCAGCCAGGGUUCAGGGGUGGCAGACAGGCGGCUGGUUAGUCAAUGUUGCAACAUUCACUGACUUGUACUUCUGUAGGAGUAAAAGGUAAAAACAUCAGUAAAUACUGUAUUUAAUUGGUAA